CGUGGGCUCGCCAAACUUCAAAGGCUCCUAGGGAGCCGCUAUGAAACUUGACACAAACCCCCUCAUUUUAAAAUAGGGAGUUGGAUAUCAUCUCCUUGAUGAGGUUCUUCUCUUUGCAACGUCGAAAAGUUCGGAUAUAGUAAGCUCACGAUGCGGCGCUUAGUAUUUAUAACUGCUUCGUGCCCGGUGACGCUACACGAUGUUGUUACCCUCACCAUCUGUCACAACAUCGCCAGGUCUUGGGCAGGUUCUUAACAUUCGCUUUUAUCUCUUUUCUAUUCGUCACUCAUUCCUGCUGCGCAGGCUCUUCUAUUCUUACUAUACUAUUGUUCCAACUCUCGAACGUAUAUUUACGGGAACUGUUCUAUAUUUAUACCAAGAAAAAAAAAUAUAAAAGAGCCAUUGCCGAACUCCUAUAUUGGGACUGCCAGUAACGAUGUAUUCAUUCAUCUUCGCCUUUCUCAGCUUGCAAUCAUGCGUGACUGCAUCGCCUAUCGCGUCGCGAGGCUUGCUUCGGAAGACAGUGACAGAACUCGACCAGGCGGCGUUUGAAGAGGCGCAACAGCCGGAUAACACGGCGACGAGGGCUCUCUCAGGAACGCAGAUACGGACCUCUGAUGGGCGAUGCUUAUUCGUUGAUGAGCUGUCUGGAGAUUUCCGGGCAAAUCUCACUCCGAUCCAAGUAGCCGAAUGUGACACUACAGACGGCCAGGGAUGGGACAUUAUUACCGCAGGGAAGCAUAACAAUGCUGAGAAUUCGAUGCUUAUUGUUAGCACCUUGACGAAUGCCUGUUUCAACUUCGAUCCGCGACGUGCGGAUGGCAACCAAGUCAUUCUUUUUAGCUGCGGUGGACGGGCGGAUGGUGGCGGCGAAGUCACUGAUUCUCAGCUCUUCCCUUUCAACGGCGGUAGUGGACCUCUCUCGUUUUCACCUCAAAAUGACCUGCAGUCGUGCUUCACUCUCAAGGGUAACGUCAUCGAUGUUGCCCCCUGUGCCGCUGGGAGUUCCGAUCAACUAUUUACAUUUGGCAAUGCACCAACAACAGCUGUUAGCAGCGCAUCGAGUGGAACAGGUGUCUCAUCUACGCCAAUUAACCCUCAAGUGACCGUCACAUCUACCGCCACCGCUACUACCGUACAGAAUCCAAGCCAGGGAUCGACGACAUCUGUCUCGGAUGCUACCGGAGCAAUUCCUAAUCCCACUGAGGCUGUCCCCGUAUCUCGUGCCGGUGGCGUGUUACAACCCACCGCAGUAGCAGAGUCUCAUCAGCGGGACGACACAGCGACGCGUGCUUUCACCUCUGUCAGCAUAAAGGCACCGAACGGCCAAUGUCUCUUCAUCGAUCCAACUGCUGGUGACUUUCGUGAGAACCUCAUCCCGGUCUCGUUGGUGGAGUGUAGUGGGACGCCUAAUGAAAAGUUCGACAUCAUCACGGCUGGGAAACACAACAACGCUCAAGAUUCGGCUUUGAUAGUGAGCAGCUUGACGAAUGGUUGUAUCAGUUUCGAUGGACGACGCCCAGCCGGUGACACAGUAACGAUUUUCUCUUGUGGAGGCCGGGCAGCUGGGGAGGGCGAGACGAACAAUGGCCAGUUGGUGCCAUUUACGGGAGAGACAAAUUUGGUCUUCGCGCCAGAAAGCGAACGAAAUGCAACGUGCAUCGUGCCGGGCGACGGUAGGCUUGAUUCUGCCCCUUGUGCUGGCGACAGCUCUCAAGUCUUUACGAUUCUAGCGUAAGGGAUGUCUGGGAUGUUUUCGGCAACAAAACUAUCGACAGCCCCUUACAGCGAAAGUCAUUGGUAUUGUCUUCUUUCCCAAUUAAUUUAAUUAAUUAAUCAAUCGAUCGAUCGAUACUA